AGCUUGAGUCUGGCCAGCGAGUCAGGCUCCUGCUAGAUCAGCACCGGAGGUGGAAGACUGGGUCUCACUCUGUCACCCAGCCUGGAAUACAGUGGUACAUCACAGCUCACUGCAACCUUGAAUUCCUGGGCCCAAGGGAUCCUCCCACCUUGGCCUCCCAAGUAGCUGGGGCUACAGGUACGUUUUACAUACUUUGGGAAAAAAAAAAAAACUUUGCUGAAGGUACUAGAGAAGAGACAGUUCUGCUGACAACCCUUGAGAAAAUAAUUUUCUACCUCCUUAGGAUUAGAAGACCAGUUCAUUCUUAGUGUCUUCUGAAAUAAAAUUAGAAUGGAUUGGGAUGAUGAAUAUUCUCAUAAUUCUUUUGACCUACAUUGUUUGUUAAACUCAUUUCCUGGAGACUUGGAGUUUGAGCAGAUCUUCAGUGAUAUUGAUGAAAAGAUUGAACAAAAUGCUGCAAGCAUAGAACAUUGCAUUAAAGAGAUACAGUCUGAAAUUAACAAACAAUGUCCAGGUGUGCAGCUGCAAACAACAACUGACUGCUUUGAAUGGCUAGCUAACUAUAAUUACAGUACAUCCGAGUCAUCUUUCAUUUCCCAUGGAGACUUGAUAAAAUUUCUCAAAACACUGCAAAAUUUGUUGAAGAAUGAACAAAAUCAAGAAGAAAUGAUAUUGGAUUUACUUUGGGACCUCUCCUGCCACAGCAGUGUUUCAUUCCCGUCGACUCUAAGUGGAACAUCUUUCCAUUUCCUCUCUAGGACGUCUCUUCAUUCUGUUGAAGAUAAUUCCUCUAUGGAUGUCAAGUCUAUAUGGGAUGAUAUAAGACUGCAUCUUCGACGCUUCUUAGUGAGCAGAUUACAAAGCCAUAAUGAAAUAAACAAUUCACAGCAAAAAAUUUUAUUGAAAAAGCAGUGCUUACAACAACUCUUGUUUCUUUAUCCAGAAUCAGAAGUUAUAAUCAAAUACCAAAACAUACAGAGUAAACUGUUGGCUAAUCUUCUGCAGAACUGCUUUCCUUCUUACAGCAGAGAUUCAAAUUUAGAUGUAAUAGUUCAUGGAUAUCAAAGUACAAUGCUUAAGUUAUACUUAAUAAUAAAAGAGGAUUUUAACACACUAUGUGAAAUUUUAGCUCCAUCCUCAACGGUGAAAUUCAUUAAAGAAACUUACCUGGAUACUGUUACAGAAGAAAUGGCAAAAUUUCUUGAAAAUUUUUGUGAGCUGCAGUUCAGAGAAAAUGCUGUUCGUGUGGUUAAAACAAGCAAGAGCUCCAGCAAGCAUAGAGGAGCAGUGCAUGCUUUGGUUACUCCUGAAUGCCCACAGAAAGGAAGAAACUUCUCUCUCCCUUUAGACAAAGUCAAAUUCUUAUCGCAGCUCAUAAAAUCCUUUAUGAAACUGGAAAAAGGUGUUCAAGAAUUGUUUGAAGAAAUACUUUUAUCACUCAAGAUAACCAGAAAUACUUCAGGAAUGUUGGAGAAAUCCAAUAGAGAACUUGUAAUAGAAAAACCUAGAGCAAACGAAACCAAUAUUUCUUCAGAGCAAUUGCUACCAGGAAAAGAGGCUACCUUACUAGAUUUUGGCUGGAGAAGUGCAUUUAAAGAAGUGUCUCUUCCCAUGGCGCACUGCAUAGUAACUGAAAUUGAAGGUUUUUCCACAAAAAUUCUCCAACACGAACAGAAUGAAAGGUCUUCAGCUGUGAGCUAUGCUAUGAACCUUGUAAAUGUCCAGCAAGUUUGGCAAGACAGCCAUAUGUUUCCUGAGGAGGAACAACCAAAGAAAAUUGGAAAAUUUUGUUCUGACAUCAUGGAAAAACUUGACACCGUGCUUCCACUGGCUCUGGCAUGCAGAGAUGAUUCUUUUCCGGAAAUUAGAGCAAACUUGGUGGAGGCCUGUUGUAAAGUGGCAACAGCUGUCCUGCAGAGACUGCAAGAGAGAGCCAAGGAGGUUCCUUCCAAAGCACCCCUGAAAAACCUGCACACAUACCUCUCCACGGCAGUGUAUGUCUUCCAGCAUUUCAAGCGAUAUGAUAAUUUGAUGAAGGAAAUUACUAAAAAACCCAUAUUCCUGGUGCCUGUCCAACGAUAUCAGGAAUUCAUCAACACUCUACAGUUUCAAGUUACGAACUACUGCGUCAGAGUUUGUGCUACAAGCAUUUUACAGGAUGCUGAGAGCCACCACUGGGAUGACUACAAAGCUUUUUAUGAGGGUGAAAGAUGUUCCUUCUCGAUCCAGAUGUGGCAUUAUUUCUGCUGGGCUCUUCGUUACGAUCUCUGGACCAUUCUGCCUCCUAAGUUAGCCCAGGAGAUUCUAGCAGAAGUGCUGGAGAAAUCUUUGGGUCUACUGGCCUCCAGAUACACUCGGGCCCACCCCAGCCGCAAAAGAACUCCACAGUUAAGACUUGAUGUCACAACCAUUUUGAUAUGCACUGAGAACAUGUUAUGGUCCAUUUGUACAUCUGUACAGAAACUUUUGAAUCCUCAUCAGCAUACAGAUGAUAAAAUUUUUAAAAUUCAUACCCAUUGUAAUAAUCUGUUUACAACAUUAGUCAUUUUGACUUCACCGUUAACAGAAUUGUAUAAGACUUUUCAGCAUGGCCUGGAUGAGUCUACUUCAGAUUCCUUAAAAUCAUGUUUUAAGCAACCAUUAUAUUGGGUUUCUUGCAUAUCACAUUUCUACCCUUCUUUACUCAGGACUCCAUCAACUGGAGGACUGAAAGCUGAGGGUCAAUUGAAACUGCUCUUAUCCCAGCCAGGUUGUAACUGGAACUUGCUUCUGGAAACCCUUCUGCAUCAUGAUGGACUUUUACUGAGAAUCUUGCUGAAGAGCUCAAAACAAGUUUCUGACACAGAAAGUAACCUGAACCAAGGACCCAGCUUGGUGGAAGCCAUCUUUAAAAUAUUGUACCAUUGCAGUUUUUCUCCACAAACAUUUGCAAAUGUUUUUGUGAGCUACAUGGAAGAAGAGCAAUUAUGGGACUUUUUAUAUAACAUCCCAGUCUCAACGUGCGUGGAGUAUGAGCUAGAGGUCAUUCGAUGCUUGAGACUGGCACUGACCGAUGCCGUCAAGGACACUGUACAGCAGAUAGUAUCUGUGAUGAGCUCUAGGAGAAACUGUGAGACAAACCUAAACAAGCACAUGGUUCCUGAUUGUUUGCUUGAGAGCAUGCCAAAAGAAUGGAAUUAUAGUCCAAAAGAAACUAAAAGGAAAGAAUCAAGCAAAAGCUUCACAAGGCUUGCUGCUCAGGCAGUAUCUAUUGUAAUCAGCAAGUUACCUACAGUGAUUGCAUGUUUGCCUCCCCCAAUUAAAUACUUCUUUUUUCUGUCUGAGAGAAAAAUGUCAAAAAACUUUGUUGAAUUGAAGAAAGCUGGUCUGCUUGUCUGGAACUUGAUUGUAAUUAUAUGUCGGAUAUUUGAGGACGGAAACACUGUGGAACUUUUAACAGGUGCCUCCCUUGACAGAUGGAGUAAAGAAAAACUGGGUUUAAUUUGUAUGUGUUUGGAGAGCAUCAUGGGAGACCAGACAAGUAUCCCUAAUCAAAUGAUCCAAAAGGUCAUACAGAGCAUUGAGCAGCAGAAGCCCAACUGGAUUGAACGUCAAUUGUUGAAAGCAAGGAAACUGAGCACUGAAUGUGCAUUUAUGACAAUAGAGAAAAGCACGGCCUUACAAGAAGGAGAUAUUGCUCUUGAACUGACUGAGCAGAAAAUAAACACGAUGGUCCUGGAUCUCUGCCACAAACCAGGUGGCAGCGAGUACCUGAGGCAAAUUUAUCACAUCAUGCAGCUCAAUGAGGAAUAUUUAAAAGAACAGCUGUUUUCUAUGAAUAGUUCAGAGGAAAAGCCAUUACCCAUCCGACCUUUAAAGGCGACCUUGAGGAGUAUAGAAGAUCAGCCUUCUGCCUUUAACCCUUUCCAUGUGUAUAAGGCGUUUAGUGAAAACAUGCUAGAUCAGGUAUCCACCACAAAAUGGAAGUGGAACUGGGCAAAGUUGCUGCCAAAUUAUCUGGGACUGGAUAAGAUGACCUUCAGUGUGCUGCUCAAAAACAGGUGGGAAAUGAAGAAGGAUGAAACACUACAAGAGGAAGAAAAAGCAAUGCUGGAGCACUUAAAACAAAUUUGCACCCCACAGAACUCUUCUGCCUCAGAUAACACAGAGGAACAGUAAUCUGCAGAAAACAGCAACAGCUUUAUUUUAGGAAACAAUCCCAUGUAAUGGAGUAGGAUUUUUACCAUAGUCAGAAUGGACCUCAUAUGUGCUGUGAAGCAUGAAACCAAUGACUGAGUAAUCUCUGUACUGAAAAGGAAUACAGCACAUAAAGAAU